AUGGCCUCCGGAGCUGCUGCUUCCUCAGUCCUCAGCCUGCUCCUCCUCGCCGCCUUCGCAGCCAGCGCGAGAGCAGCCACAUUCACGAUCACCAACAACUGCGGCUCAACGGUGUGGCCGGCGGCCACACCAGUGGGCGGCGGCACGCAGCUGGACCCGGGUCAGACGUGGACCGUGGACGUGCCGGUGGGGACCCAGUCCGACAGGGUGUGGGGCCGGACGGGCACCGGCGUGACGCUCAACUGCGGCGGGGCUCGGUGCCCCGACGCCUAA